AGAGGCGUCGUUGUCGCCCACUUUCUGAAUUCCCUGUUCGCUUCUUCGCUUGGCGGUGAGUAUAGGAGGAAUAAGAAGAAGAGGGUUUCAGAUUUCUCCAAGGGGGUUUUCAUUUGUUGAAGAAUGGCGUCAAGACAGGUGCUUCAACAGCAGAACAGAGGAGUGGAGGCAGCAGUUCCGGUUGCUAACAAGCAGAAAAAUAUGGUGGCGGAGAGGAAGAAUCGCCGCGCUCUCGGUGAUAUAGGAAACAUGGUCACUAUUCGCGGCGUCGAUGGCAAGCCGCUUCCACAGGUUUCUCGACCUGUUACCAGGAGUUUCUGUGCCCAAUUACUGGCUAAGGCGCAGGCUACAGCUGCUGAGAAUAACAAGUGUUUGGCAGCGAAUGCCAAUGUGGUGGAUGGAGCUCAGCCAAUCAAGAAAGCUGUGGCUCACAAGAAAGCUGCACCGAAGCCAAAGCCGGAGGUGAUUACAGUAAUUAGCCCUGAUUCUGAACAAGUUGUGGAGAAGGAGAAGCCCUUGAAAAAGAGGGCUCCAACUCUUACAUCAACACUCUCUGCUAGAAGCAAGGCUGCUAAUAAACCAAAGGAGCAGAAAGUGGACAUAGAUGCUGCAGAUGCCAAUAACCAUUUAGCAGUUGUUGAAUACAUUGAUGAAAUUUACCAAUUCUACAAAUCAGCUGAGCACGAGGGCAGGACUCGCGACUACAUGGAUUCGCAGCCUGAGAUCAAUGCGAAGAUGAGGGCGAUCCUGGUUGAUUGGCUGGUUCAAGUCCAUAACAAAUUUGAGCUGUCUCAAGAGACCCUCUACCUCACCAUCAACCUGGUAGAUCGAUAUCUUGCAUCGAAGAUCACUGCAAGGAAGGAGCUCCAGUUGGUGGGAUUAGGGGCAAUGCUGAUAGCCUCAAAAUACGAGGAGAUAUGGGCGCCGGAGGUGAACGAGCUGGUGUUCAUCUCAGACAAAACUUACUCCUCUGCACAAAUCUUGUGUAUGGAGAAGAUGAUCCUAGGACAGCUCGAGUGGAGCUUGACCGUCCCCACUCCAUACGUGUUCCUUGUCAGAUUCAUCAAAGCAUCCAUGAGUGAUGCAAAAGUGGAGAACAUGGUAUAUAUGUUGGCUGAGGUUGCAAUGAUGAACUACAGCACUGCAAUGAAGUACAGCCCCUCCUUGAUUGCUGCCUCAGCAGUCUAUGUGGCGCGAUGCAGCUUGAACACAGCCCCGGCCUGGAACGAGGCACUUAGGCAGCACACAGGGUUCCUGGAAGAGCAGCUGAUGGAAUGUGCUAAGCUGGUGGCGACGUACCAUUCGACGUUGGCGGAGGGGAAUCUGCGGGGGAUCUACAGAAAAUACCAGAGCUCAGAGAGAGAGGGUGUUGCUCUCAUUCCACCAGCAAAAUCUCUUUUGUUGGCCUAAUUACAGCAGGAGUCGUCGAUGUUACCUAACAUCACAUCAUCUUCUCUUCUAUGUUGAGUUGAGUUGAGUUGUGUUGAGGGUUUAAUAUCAGAGUAUCACAUUGUGUUUCUGUUUUCUAUAUACUAUCAUUCUUUGUGACACAAGAAUAAAUUGAAAUCAAACAAAUUAUGCUGCAA